UUAUUCCUCCAUGGACAAGCGGAGCUACCUCGUGCCUGAAGACAUCGGGGGAUCGAGCUACCGCGGGGUGGUUGCGGUGGGAUGCAAGGAAUACGUUCUUCGUGUGAACAACGUGUUCCAGAAACAGUACACCAUGGACGAAGUGAGUUUGGCUCGAGCAGGGCUCGAAACAGAUGCAACUCUUGGCGAGCUCCUGCAACCGUACAUCGCCGUGAUCACUCGGCGGCUGCAACAAAGUCCAUCGAUAGAAGCGUUCUUGAAAGAGCUGCAUGGAUUGCUAGAGGGAAUUAUUCGAGGACCGUCGAAUGCCUUCGUAGAACCUCCAAACCUGUCGUACUAUGAGGCACUCUUGCACGACGUGGCCACGAUCGGGUGGGACCACGUCGUCGAGAUCAACACGGACAGUCACGGGCACUGGAAUGGUCUUCAUGUUCGUUUGGUCGACUCUCGCGGCCGGGAUCAUGUCGUUGCGUUCCGUAUGGACGUCAACUACCCGUCAUCUCCACCCACGUGUGGCAUGGACGUGCCCGAGCCAAUGCUUCCACUGCAUUGGCCGCUUCGCGCCCAGACCCUUCAACACGCUAUCGAUCAGGUUCAAGCGCACUUGGAGAAGUUUCAAGACUUUUGGGACGUCCUCGACGACAUCGACAAGAAGUGCUGCGUUCUCGAACCCGAGCGACCAACUCGUGGCUGCAAACGGCGCCGUCUGGCCCUCCAGCCGUCCGUAUCGAUUCAAUUUGAAGUACUGGACCCGGCUGCUCCCCGCGCCGUCGUCGACGUCAUCUGGUUCGGCAACGACGCGUCCGUCGGUCCGUUGCGCGAGACCAUGUACCAGAACCUGUCCAAGUGGAAGGCCACGGACAAGCUUCGGAAGAACCUCGAACGCAUUCUACAAAUUCGCUUUCCGUCGCGCCGCACUGCAGCCAAGGAAACGUUUGCCCAGGAGUGCGGCAUCUGCUACACCCAUCGGCUCGACAGCCAGAUCCCAAACCGCGUCUGCGACUCCAAGAACUGCGCGCGGUCGUUCCAUGACUCGUGCUUGCUCGAAUGGCUGCAGGCAAUUCCAACCUCGCGCAAGUCGUUCGGGACGAUCUUCGGGUCAUGUCCGUACUGCCGCGAGCCGAUAUCGACCAAGGUCGGCGUGUAAUCGCAGCCGAGCGACGCUCGAGUGCUUUCCAAUAUUUAACUCUCGUCGCACCUUCAACGAAGUUGACUGCAAA